UGUUAAACUAAACACACGUUAAAAUGAUUCACUAAAGUAAUGGAUAUAUUAGAAUCAGUAUCGGGUAUACAUAUCAUAUAUCAAAUAGCCUGUCUAUCACCCAGUCUUAUAGAUCGUAAAUUAUGGAUUUUAAAAAGAUCAAGGCUAUUGGAAAUCUAUGUUUUUAUUGUGAUUUUAUCAUCGGUGGCAUUUAUGCUUUAUGGUCUCUUUACGGAUGAUGAUUUUAUUAAGACCAACGAUAAUGAUGUUGGACAAACGGUGGAUUUUAUACAAAUGGUGGGUAUACGUGUAGCUCAUAUUGUAUCAUUAUCGGAGUGUUUAGUUAGGCGCAAGGAACAGAAACGUUUUUAUGAGGAAGUAAAGGAAAUUGAUCGUAUAUUUGAAUGUUCCCUCAAUGUGGAUGUGAAUAAUAAAAAAUUCCGUCGCACCACCAUACAACGUGGUAUACUAAUGGCUUUCUUUUACUUGGCUGCCGAAUUCUUCAUUUUAGCUUCAAAACUAGUAGCUGAAGAACAAAAUUUUAUACUCUUUUGGAUUUUCUAUCUAAUGCCUUUGUUAAUAUGCGGCAUACGUUAUUUUCAAAUGUUCACCAGUAUGUCUAUAUUGAAACAUAGAUUUGAUUUAUUAGUGAAAGUUUUAAAUCAAAUUAAUUUAAGAAAACAUAUAUGCGAGCCAAAUGAUGUGAACUUAAUGGAUGGUCUUAAUGGUCAAGUUUCUUUAAAUAUUUCUCACACUUUAGCCUUGCUGGAAUCUUCAAUGUUAAAGAAACGUCGUUGUGAUAUGGAAAAUCCUGAAUUGAAGAAACUACUUAUUGUACGUGAUGUCUACAAUCGUUUGUUUAAUUUAAGUGAAAUUUUAAAUGGUUAUUUUGGUGUUUCCAUGUUGAUUAAUGUGGGCAAUGAUUUUAUAUCGAUUACCUCAAAUUGUUAUUGGAUUUUUUAUAAUUUUCAAGAUUUCCAUUCGACCAGAAAUGAUUUUCUACUCAUUGCUGGCAGUGCCGUAUGGAGUAUACCACAUUUGUUGAAUGUUUUGGUGUUGGCGAUAUUGUGUGAGAGAACGGUGCAAACUACAAAUAGCAUUGCUUUAGGUUUACAUCGUAUUGAUAUCGAUAUUAUGAACGAUAAUCAUAAUUCAGUGAUUGAACAAUUCUCAUUACAAUUGUUGCAUCAAAAAAUGUCUAUUACUGCUGCUGGCUUCUUUAGUAUCGACUGUACACUGCUUUACACGAUCGUGGGAGCUACAACUACUUAUCUCAUUAUUCUUAUACAAUUUCAUAUGAAUGAAUCUAAGUCCUCAAAUUGA